CUGUUUCUGGUCUGGCUUUUCGUAUCACAAGUUGCUUUUGAUCUCUGGGGGUCUGGUCCUUCAGGUUCGAGUGAGACUGUUACGACAACAGGUUGAACUCGCAACUAGCACUAUCCAAGGUACACAACCAGUAUGGAUAAGAUAGAUACUGCAGACAAUGCAUUGUCAUUUUGUCCCAUAGCACAGGAACAUCAGUGUGUCUUAUGGAUACUCUCGACCUUCGUGCCGGAAUGGAAUCAGCGGUCAACUCCGUGAUCAUACCUACCGCACCUACCCUCCCCGGACCAUCUUCAAUACUCUUUUACCAUCUGUACAAGGGAUAUAAAAUGAGCACAAAGUCACACGACCCGAAAGAAGAACAGUGGACAGCAAAGAAAUACGCUGCCGCUGCGUCUUUCGUGCCUCAGUUGACGCAGAAGCUUGUCCAAUAUCUCGAUCCACAACCAACGGAUCGAAUUCUCGAUGUAGGCUGCGGAGAUGGCAAAUUCACAUCCAACUUCCUAACAAAAGCCGCCUGCGUCUACGGCGUCGAUGCGUCCUCUUCGUUCAUAGAGAGCGCACGAACAGACUAUGGGUCCAAAACAGCAACAUUCAAGGUCGUCGACUGUAGAUAUCUCGAAAAGGAUGCCGAAGUUAUGAAUGGCACAUGGGACAAGGUGGUAUCGAAUGCCGCACUGCAGUACAUCCUGCGUGACCCGCCCACACGCAUUAACACCUUGAAAGCGUGCUUCAACGCUCUGAAGCCUGGAGGCCAAUUCGUCUUCGAGAUGGGCGGUGCAGGCAACGUCAGUGAAGCAGCGGCAGCAAUGACCAGCGCCCUCUAUCACUCCGGUCUGGCAAUUGACCAGGCUCGCGAUGCUAGUCCAUGGUUCUUCCCAUCCCAGAAGUGGAUGGAGGAUACUCUGGCAAGAAUAGGCUUUCACGUCGAGAAACUCGAGGUCGAGUACCGUCCGACAAAGCUUGAUGAGGGGCCGGGCGGUGGUCUGGAAGGCUGGAUAAAGCUGAUAUGUGGUAGCAUGCUGGAGGCAGUUGAGGAAGAAAAACGAGAUGGCGUUGUGUGGGAGGCUUGCGAGGUGCUGAAGGAUGUCAUCACCAGAGAAGAUGGGAGCCAAUGGUUGGGAUUCGUCAGGCUUCGAGGUGUUGCGAGGAAGCCGCGGUAGUGGCGAAAGGCGUAGCGGCAGCUCUCUUGAUCACAGCUUUGCUCGUGUCUUCUUCUUACUCUCCUGCUGCUCGGCGAACGCCCGUAUCGC